UCAGCGGAGCGACAUACAGUAUAUGUGGUUGUCUGGGAUGCCCCUGGACGGUCGUAAGGUCACGGAGGACCGCAGAGCCCUGAGCUUCGACUCUCUCAGAUCUCUCUCCACUGGACGUCUGUUACUCCUCUAAACGGCUUGAGGUUGGUGCAGGCCCAUAAUUGACUGGGAGGCUAUGUCAAAAACAUUUACUUUAGGUGUCAGUUAAACCAGUCAUCUGUCAGUCAAGUGUGUCAGUGGUUUACCGGCAGGGCAUGGGCUCUCUCGCUCUCUCUCACACACACACACACUCACACAGAUGGGAGUCAGAAACAAACCCGUUUCACCAUCGUCUGGGUCUUCACACAGGCAGCAUUACAUGUUUAUUAAUGCUGGAAUGUGUUUGGAAUUUGUUUACUGAUGCUGUGCGAGUAGUGGAAUGACUCCCUUAAUGAAGGUUUGACACGUUGGUCAGGAAACUGUAUCGUUGGUUUGGAAACUGUAUCCUUUUAUCUGAAGUAGCCAAGAAGUCUGUUGUCUGAGGUCUGCCUUCAUAGAUUGAAGAAAGUAAAAAGAGAUCUAUUUGCAAGUCAGUUUGCUUUGAACCAGAGUUAUGCAUAUCUGAUAUCACUGCGUCGAUACGGCCUGCUCCUUCCAGAAAGAAUAACUGCAUCAACAAGCUGUAGUUUCUCAGCGUCCUGUUGAAGAUUGGACCUUUGGGGUGAACCCAUUGCAGUCUGACUAUCAUCUAUCAGUAUUUACCGUGGACACUGAUGUGCUCGGAUGUUAUAUAUUCGCAGAUUGGUCCCCAUCUUUUCUUCCUGUUUUUCCUGUGCUAACAAGGGAGAUUGGGAAUCAUGAAAUCAGACUUGCACAUUUCUGUUGUCAUCUGUUCACCUUGGAGCAUCUUUUCAAACUUGAUUUACAAGCCUCUCCAGAUCAGAGAUCACUCAGCCUGCCAUGACUUUGACUUGUGACUGUGUGAGCGUGCUAACAAGGUUAAGCAUCACACUAGUGCCAACGAGGCCAGGCCCCUGCCACCCUCUGCUCCCCACUCUGUAGUGCCUUCUCUUUGGGUACCCCCUGGGAAACCCCCCCUGCCCCCGGCCAAGCCAUGAGUAUCCAGGGGAUGGAGCUGUUUGCCAUCGGGGUCGUGGUCAUCCUGUUCAUGGCCGUGCUCAAACAGUUUGGGAUUCUGGAGCCCAUGUCAAUGGACGAUGACAGCAGUGACAGUGACCUGGAGCUGUCCACGGUGCGACACCAACCCGAGGGUUUGGACCAACUGCAGUCUCAGACCAAGUUCACCAAGAAGGAGCUGCAGUCCCUCUACAGGGGCUUCAAGAAUGAAUGCCCCAGCGGAUUGGUUGAUGAGGAGACGUUCAAGACUAUCUAUUCUCAGUUCUUUCCCCAGGGAGAUGCCACCACAUAUGCCCACUUCCUCUUCAACGCUUUCGACCAGGACAGAAACGGUUCCAUUCGCUUUGAGGACUUUGUGAUUGGACUAUCUGUACUGCUCAGGGGGACUGUGACUGAGAAGCUCAACUGGGCCUUCAACCUCUAUGACAUCAACAAGGAUGGCUACAUCACUAAAGAGGAGAUGUUACUCAUCAUGCAGUCCAUCUAUGACAUGAUGGGCCGGUACACUUACCCCAUGGUGAGAGAUGAAGCACCUUCUGAACAUGUGGAGAAGUUCUUCCAGAAAAUGGACAGGAAUCGAGAUGGGGUGGUGACAAUUGAUGAGUUUAUCGAGACUUGCCAGAAGGAUGAGAACAUCAUGAGCUCCAUGCAGUUGUUUGAGAACGUCAUUUAGAACCAAAUAAAUGUAACGGAACACUUGCACCGAUCCACUUUGUCCCUGAACCUAGACCAUCCACGGAGCACCACUUCCUUGGACCAUCAACUUCCAUAGUCACCUAAGAACACAUACACACACACACACACACACACACACACACACACACACACACACACACACACACACACACA